AUGGCAACCCCAAUAACCAUCUCUUUGCAGUCGAGUUUGGUUUUUCAAGAUAAACGUUUUGGCGAUAUUAAUGAUAAUCAUGUUGGUGUUAAUGUUAACUCUGUUAACUCGAUGGUUUCUGAGAAAGCUGGUUACUGGAUUCAGACAAGAACUGGAGGAAAGAAGCAGUUGUUGUUCAAGGAAGUGAAGCUAAGUAGUGGAGACAAGUACAAGGCUUGGAUUGAGUAUAAAGAUAGUAAGGUCAGUGUUACGCUUGCACCUGCGCAUUUGAAGAAACCGAAGAUGCCACUGAUUGAGACACAUAUUGAUCUUUCUGUGGUGGUUCUUGAGACAAUGUAUACCGGUUUUUCCGGUUCGAUGGGCCGUGGCGUCGAGCGUCAUGACAUAUGGAGCUGGAGUUUCGAGAACACAGCCAAAAGCAAUUAA